AUGGUGUCAUUAAAAUCAAUACUAGUUCCUUCUAUUACACUCUUUUUAAUGAGUGGGUCUGUCUUUGCAGGUGAUACCGAUGGUGGACAUAGUCAAGGACUUGUACAACUUGCUCAGAAACUUGAUAGAUUUAUGAUAUUUGUUAAAAUUAAUUUAUCUGAUACGUAUAAUCUUAGCGUUGAUAAGCUGAAACUAGAUAUGGAGCAUAAAUGUCACAAAGAGUACAUUAAAGAGAAGGAUAUAGAGGAGGAUAAAAUGAAAAAUAAGUUGGAAAGCGCUAUAAAUGAGAUAGAAAUUUGUGAAAAGAAGGAAUUUAUUGGAAUUUUGGAUAAUGUAUCCACUGCAUAUGCCAACUAUAAGUCAUUAGUUGAUGAAGUAUACAGCAAGGCCUAUGGGACAUUGGGAGGCGAUGUUGCUAAGGAUUUUGAGUAUGAAUGUAAGAAAAGGAAGGCUAACGCACUUGCCAAUCUAUUGGAUGUUUGGGAUUCAUUUGUGGGUGUAUUAACCAAUGCAAUUGGAGAAGAUAAGGUUAAGGAUAGCAAGAAAGCAUUUGACGAACACGUAUCUAAGGCUACUGAUUUGAGGGAUAAUGUUUAUAACAAGGAUGAAGAUUAUAACACUCAUUUUAAGGAUAUGAUCAAGGAAGUGAAUGGUGCAACUGAAGAACUUAAUAAAGUUAUUGACGUAAUGAUUUCUAACAUUGGGGAUUAUGGUAUUGUUAUUGACAGCGGUAUUAUUUCAAGCAUCAAAUCACUCAUUUCAACAAUGACCAAAAUUUCUAAUGUAAUAAUUCAUGAAGUUACGUCACUAAUUCUCUCCGCCUUUUUAAUAUUUAUAGUAAAUUGA